AUUGUAGUUUGUCUUACAACUUGACGAGCUCGAGGAGGUAGCCAUGAAGAUGACGGAAGAAUAUCAACAUGACUCGGAUUCCACGAUAACAAUCGAAGAUGUUCAAAAUCUUGUCAAAAAGAAAGACUCGAUAGAAGAGCAGAUAAAGGCAUAUUAUGACAUGCUUGAAGAUCAAGGUGUGGGGACGGAAGGCCCUUUGGUUGACUUAGAAGGUUAUCCACGUGCGGAUGUUGAUGUAUACCAGGUUCGAACGGCCAGGCACAACAUAUCCUGUCUGCAGAAUGACCACAAGACCAUAAUGGUGGAGAUCGAGCAGGCGCUGCACACACUGCACGCAGCGGAGAAGGCCAGGAAGGGGCAGGACGGGGCCCAGGCCCAGGCCGACGCUAUGGAGGAGGAAGCCAGCCUGCCGCCCCCCUUCGCCAGGGUGGACACCAUCACUCAGGGGUCCCCUGCCAGCCUGGCGGGAUUGAGAGUUGAAGACGAAAUAAUCGAAUUCGGCUCAGUCAACACCGGGAACUUUAAGACCCUGCAGAACAUCGCGUCUGUGGUGCAGCACAGUGAAGGGAAAGCGUUGGGCAUCACCGUGAUCCGUGGGGGUGAGAGAGUGCACCUGGUCCUGACUCCCCAGCGGUGGAAUGGGAGGGGGCUGCUGGGAUGCAACAUUGUUCCUCUACGGAGAUGAGAGAGCACAACGUCUCCGGCAGAAUUUUGACCGAAGAUCUUCAAGGAGUCAACUCUGGACGCGAUGCUUCAUAAUCUGGUUUUUCCAGAGGGAAACCCCGGUGUGGAAUUGUUUGUGCUUUGCAGAUAGAUUGUAUUGUGAUGCACAUCUUGUUCAUGGUUCUUUCCCAGUGUGAGCUGCUCUAGUGUGCUGGUGUGGGGCACUUGUAGCUGGGGGGAGGUUGGGGGGGUGGGGAGGGGUGGUGUUAACAGAGAAAUAAAAACGCGCUGGAUGAUGGGAAAAAAUUAAUUGGGUUUCUUAUCAUGAGGGACCAGAGUUUGAGGGAAUGCACAGUUUGAGUGGGAAGUGUUGCCUUUAUUGACAGGCAAAUCUAAUAAAUUGUUGCAUUUA